AUGGCUGCUGUCCAGAAGGCUAAGGACUUGAUUUCAUCCAAUCCUGCUGUCGUUUUCAGCAAGUCAUACUGUCCGUUCUGUAUGAGCGUGAAGAAGCUUCUGACUGAUAUCGGCGCCACCUUUAAGGCCAUUGAAUUGGACACUGAGAGUGAUGGAGGCGAGAUCCAGAAUGCUUUGUUUGAGAUAAGUAAACAGAGGACUGUUCCUAAUGUGUUCAUCGGGGGAAAGCACAUCGGCGGUUGUGAUGACACGACUGCCUUGCACAAGGGUGAGAAGCUUGUUCCUUUGUUGAAAGAAGCUGGAGCUAUUACUGGGGCGUCAUCCUCUUAG